UGAUCUCGAACAGCUGCACAAACUGAAAGUAAAAAGUGCAUAGCAACAAUGGCAUAAGAGCGCAGCAGUUUUCCUGAGCUAGUGCAUCCACCUCCAAGGUCUCUUUGGUUCAAAACGCUGCUCUGAUGCCUACAGAAGAACACAGUCCUGUCUAGACACUGAAUCAAACACUGAGCCUGGAAUACAGUCCUUGAUGGAGCCUCCUUCUGAGCAGCUGUGGCCAUUGAGAAAAACAAUGACAGAAUGGGAAGGCACGGCAGGAAUGACUGAAGCUGCAGGAGGAGCUAGUAUCCAUCAUAACAGGCCUUGACCACCACUUGGCACUCUGUGUGCCUGGCAGCGCAGCAUGAUUAGAAUUGGGAAGAAGAGACUUUGGGCAUCUUUCUUCUGCUUUACAGCCUUCUUUUUUCUUCUUGUUACACUCCAGGUGGUUCUUGAACUGGGCAAGUCUGAAAGGAAGAUAAAAGUCUCCAGUUUACAAGAUGGUUCAUUAAAACUGGAGGAGCAGCAGAAACAUGCAUAUCAGUUUUUUAAUAAACAGGAACUCUACAGCAAUACCAGGAGAGUUUUAGAUGCGGACAGAUACCCUAUCCUGCUUUGGUGGUCCCCGCUGACUGGCGAGACUGGGAGGUUAGGUCAGUGUGGACAGGAUGUCUGUUUCUUUACUAUCAAGAGGACCUACCAGCAUAAUCACAUGACAAAAGCCUUUCUCUUCUAUGGUACUGACUUUAAUAUAGAUAGCUUACCCCUCCCUCGUAAACGCCAUCACGACUGGGCCCUUUUCCAUGAAGAGUCACCCAAAAACAACUACAAGCUCUUCCACAAACCUACCAUCACCUUGUUCAACCAUACAGCUACCUUCAAUCGCCACUCCCAUCUGCCGCUGACUACUCAGUAUCUGGAGGGCAUAGAGGUCAUAAAGUCUCUGAGAUACAUGGUUCCGUUGCAAAAGAAGAAUAGCUUGAGAGAAGGACUUGCACCACUUGUGUAUGUGCAGUCCGAUUGCGACCCUCCUUCAGACCGGGACAGCUACGUGCGUGAGCUGAUGAGCUACAUCCAGGUGGACUCCUAUGGUGAAUGCUUACAUAACAGAGACCUUCCCCAGCACCUCAGAAACCCAGCCUCCAUGGACGACGGUAACUUCUAUAGAAUACUUGCUCAGUACAAAUUCAUUCUUGCUUUUGAAAACGCCGUCUGCGAGGAUUACAUCACUGAAAAGCUCUGGAGGCCUCUCAAAUUGGGAGUGGUACCAGUGUACUAUGGGUCCCCCAGCAUUACGGACUGGCUUCCUAGCAAUAAGAGUGCAAUCCUCGUAACAAGAUUUUCACAUCCCAGGGAGCUGGCGCACUACAUCAAGGCACUGGAUACAAAUGACCAAGAGUAUGAGGCCUACCUAGAAUGGAAAGUGAAAGGGGCCAUCUCCAAUCAACGACUGCUUGCUGCUAUCCAAGAACGCAAAUGGGGAGUCCAGGAUAUCACACAGGACAAUUAUAUUGAUGUGUUUGAGUGCAUGGUGUGUAAUAGGGUGUGGGAAAACAUCAGAAGGCAGGAAAAGGGAUUGUCACCCAGGAGAUGGAACGCACAGGUUAACCACUUGAGCUGCCUGAAACCUGAGGCUUUCUUGUUCUCCUCUCCAAACAUACGCUGGACAGCUCUGCAAGAGAUGUGGAUACCAAACUUUGAACAAUCCAAGAAAGAAGCCCAAGCACUGAGACAGCUGGUGGAAAGGAAUAUGAACUUUACAGCUCAGGAAUUUUGGACACUUGUAUUCAAAGAAGAAACAUGAUAGGCUAUCACACAGAGUGAGCUCCCCAAAGGAGUCAGUUAUGUAAUAUUCUUUUGCACAAUGUCUUAACAUUUGUAGGUCAGUAAGUACAGGAAGGAGGUAAAUUGUCCGGUAAGAUAGAAUGUAGUAGGUACAGUACUCAGUCAGUACUGAUAAACUACAGAAUUACCCUCAGUGGUCUUUUAAAAACUGUAUUUUUAUACUAAUUGUCAUUAGCUUGGACAUUUGAGCAUUAAGACCCCUACUCAGGAAGGUUCUUAAUGCACAUGCCUGAUUUUAAGCAUAUGAGUAGUCCCAGUGAAGCUAAUGGGACCACAGUCACUUGCUUAGUAUCAGGGCCUUCCUUGCAGACCUAGCAGAAUCAGGCCUUCGCCUUCUCUGAUCCAAGCUCCCACAUCGCUGGGUUGACAGUCACGGCUAUGGAAUAGUUUAUACAAUCACGUAGGUGUCACUUCUGUGGCAGAGUGCCUUUGAGGCAGGUGUAGCGAUCAGGCCUGCUGCUCAAUAUAUCUAUUUAUCAUCAGUCCCCUUGGCAUUCACAGUUUUAGUUGAGACUUGGCAAGCUAAAAUGUCCUGAGGCUGAGUAGGAAUGUAAAAUGCAUCAGUAUUUAGCACUGGGAAACUCCAUCUGCUACUGCCCGGGGACAGAAAGAAUGAACAUUUCUGGGUAAGAUUUAACCACCAUCUCCUGUUUAAAAUAUAGAACCGUAUGAAUUUUUGCCCUCCAGGGGGGUCACUCCAGACUAAAUAAUUCUGUUUAUUCUGUGGUAAUCUAUUUUCUUUCAUGUAGACAAUAAUAGCCACACAAAGAUGAAAGGCUGCGAUUGGGUGAAGCAGGGAUUAAAUGAAGGGCCUGAUCCUGCUGCAAAGCCUUACCUAUGGUGACACUAGAAAUGCUACAGUGGCACAGCUGCAACAGAGCUGUCACAGAGCCGAAGUGCCUAGCCCUCUAUAGGAACAAACCCAUGAAGCAUAUCGGAUAUCAAUGGGUAUGUCUACACUGCAAAAAUAACCCCCCCAAACCAAACCAAAACUGUGCAACAAGUCUCAGAGCCUGAGUCAACUGCGGGACUUGCACUAUGGGGUUCAAAAUAGCAGACAAGGCGUUCCCACUCAGUCUGGAGCCCGGACUCUGAGACCAGCCCAGGUGGGAACAUCUACGCUACUAUUUUUAGCCCUGUUGUAUGAGCCCAAGUCAGUUGACUCAGGCUCAGACUGGCUGCCUUGUUUUUGGUUUGCCGUGUAGACAGAUCCUUACAUGCAACCUUCAAAAAAUUGCCUGUUUUACCUUUUAACAUGACACCAACAGCUGUAAAAUAUUGCUUUGUUUUCUCUCUCUCUUUUUAAGAAGCUGUGAAGAGGGUUAAUGCUGGAAUGAUCAGGCCAUCUGAGAGUGAUGAACUAAGCAUAACGUAGGAGAACAAUGGAGCGACUAACUUAGAAAUCUUACACUGAAUCAAUGACUAAGAAAGUAAUUAAAGCCAUCCAAUAUAAGAAUGACUGUGUUCAUUUCAGUGCAACAUGGGCCCUGGUCACAUUGCGAGUGAAUGACUGGGCUCUCUCCCGCACACAGGAUGCUCAGACGGGGUGACACCCAUUGGAAAUUCAGCCAAAUACGUUCUCGUGCGAGGCAUUAGAGAAAGCUGCCGAGGGAUCUUGAAGGUGAUAGGUGCUGCACACUUACCAUGUGUGUGAUGCCUUUUACCAGUCAUCGGCCCUGUGUCUGCCUGCCAAGAAAUAUGGUGAUAUAGUGAGUGGUCUCCCAUCUGCCUUUAUGGCAGUGGAUUGGGAAGAACAGCACAUGGGGCAUCUCUGGUUGGGCCUUAAGACAUUGACUGUGCAC